UUCCCUCAAGUCUGAAAAAGGUAGAUAUUGCAAACUGUAUUGCAUUAGAGAGUAUUUCUGAUGUUUCAAACCUGGAGAACUUGACAGACCUGAACCUUGCCAAUUGUGUGAAAGUUUAGAAUAUUGCCGGUCUUGAAUGCUUGAAUUCCUUGGUAAGGUUGUAUAUGGGUGGCUCCAAUGCUCGUUCAUCAGCUGUUGAGAGAAGGCUUGGGGAAAAGAGGUACUUGAGGAAAAUACGCAAUCUUAGCAUGCCUGGAAGCAACAUACCAGACUGGUUUUCUCAAGAAAUGGUUACAUUCUCAGAACGAGAAAACCGCCCUCUCAAAAGUAUAAUCGUAUGUGUUGUAGUUUCUCUCGACCAUCAGAUAGAAGAUGACCUAAGAGACGACCUCCCUGAUGUGGUAGAUAUUCAAGCCGAGAUCCUCAUACUGGAUUCUCACUUGUGUGCCACGACAUUGGUCUUAUCGGGAGUACCGAAUACAAAUGAUGAUCAGUUUCACUUGUGCCGGUAUCCAAUUGAUCAUCCUUUGGUAUCACUAUUGAAAGAUGGUUACAAGAUACAUGUAAAGAGGAGAGAGCCGCCAUUUACGAAAGGCGUGGAGCUGAAGAAGUGGGGGAUUUAUUUGAUUUAUGAAGGUGAUGAUGAUUAUGAAGGAGAUGAAGAAUCACUAGACGAAAGCCAGCAAUCCCGUUCAGAACGACUGGCAAAUUUUCUCGGCUCUUUUUAAUGAGGCGGCUGCACCCGCACCCUCACGAAUGGGGGAACACACCAAAGAGAGAGGAAUCUCCUGAAUUUAGCUCCUUUAUUCAGUUGUGUGGUUGAACUAGUUGUGAUUCAUGGGUUUGAAACUUUGAAUAUGAUACUGUAUGUAAUGUAUAAUAACUUCACAGGCGUGAUGGCCUAGCCUCCCACUGGGUUCAAGCCAUCAGAAAAAAAGAGUGUUUGAUACUAUGAGUUUUAUUUCAUGCUUUCUUAUUAGUAAAAAUAAUGACGGCAAUCUAUGACUUGCAUUA